AAAUAGCUCCGAAAAUGAUCCAAGAGAGCUGGGAUAUUUAAAGCAGCGUUUGUAGAACGUCCGCAUGAUGACAGGAGCACACAAGAGAGAGAGAGAACAUGCAGCAUUCCCAUCUCUUCUUCACCACUGAAGGACGUAGCGGCAGCUGGGCCACAUCUCUUCUUCACCACUGAAGGACGUAGCGGCAGCUGGGCCACAUUGCUGCCUUCUACUGUUUUCUACCUUUUGUGUUCUGGUCGGCUCUCUCUCUCACUCUUGUUUCGCGCACCCACCCCAGUCCCACCCCUCCUCUUAGCAUCUCAAAAGACCACUGAGAGAGAAUCGAUGGCGCAGAGGCCCGCCUUGCUGACAGGACAAUAAAACCACAAAAGAAGAAAAGGGACCUGCCUUAGUCCGCUCCGUUGUGAGAUGCAGUGAUGCCCCGUCAGACUGAGGACCUGCCCCACAGUCCUGCCUCCUCAACUGGGCACCGCUUUGCUGACAGCCUCUAAUCCCCUGGAGCCUCUGGAGCUUCUGAAUCCUCAAACCCAAGGCAGAGGUUCCCAUGAGGCCCCCCAGGAGAACUCAGCGUGACACCUCUGUAUGGGGCCUCCAGCAUAUGAAGUGCUGAAGAUGCAUCUACAACGAGAGAGAGAACUAUGUGAUGUGACUUUCUCGUCCUCCUCCUCCUCCUCUCCAUCAGUUGACAUGGAGAAUGAAGACGGAACCUGUCUGCUUGAUGUUUUGUGUGAUCCCCAAGCCUUAAAUAACUUCCUUCAUGGAACAAACGAGCUGCAGAAUGAUGACCUGCUCAUUACCUGUUCCUCUGGAGAGCCCUCCUCCCUCUUCACUGACACCCCGAGCCCAAUGUCUCUGUUGGCAGAUGACAUUACCCCCCCUGCAGAAUGCGUUGACCUGUCCUUCCUGGAAGAGGCUCUACUGGGGGGGUCCCCCGAGGGAGGGGGGGAGAGAAGAGGGGAGGGAGAGGAAGUGCAGGAGGAAGAGGAAGUACCGCCCUGUGACAUUCUCCAGCAGAGUCUUCAGGAGGCUGACAUCACAGAGCACACUAUGGCUCAGGAGGCAGGGCUCGUCCAAACAGGGCCUGGGGAGGGCCACACCCUGUCUCUCUACACACCUGGCCCCCCACUCCUCCUCCCUCCUGCUGCCGUGCCGUUCCUCUCCAAAACCCUAGCCUUCCCUCACCCCCACCCUGGCCCCCCCACCCUGCAACACAGGGACACCCAGGCUGCGGUGGAGCCUCCCCAACCAUCCCUGCUGGCCGUGGGACCAGGCUGCCCCUCCCUGAAGCCUGCUGCUCCCCAGCUGAUGGGCCUCCUCCCUGGGAACAUCUUCCCCGCACCCCCGCCAGAGACUUCCUUCUCCCUGACCCCUGCACAGGCCUCCAACACCUCCUUUUCCCUCAUCCAAAAGGCAGUUCCUAGCCUGACAGGGCGCCCCUACUGGCCCCAACUCUCAGAGCGGCUGCAGCUCCCGGAAUCUUUCUCCAGAGAGGACCCCUGCCCAUCCAGCCCAAGCUGCCUAUCAGCAUCCAACCCCGACUUGUUCAGAUCAGCCCUAAGCCUCCUGGCCCUAGUGGGCCUGGUCAGAAACCCUCUCCAGGUCUCACCUUCCUCCCUGGGACGCCCUCGUCAAACAUCCUCCUGUCCCCCCCACUUCCCCAGCCCAAGCCUGCCCAACACCUCACCAAGCCCCAUCCCCAGCCUGCCCAACACCUCACUGCCCCCCACCUCACCAAGCCCCAGCCCGUCAGCCUGCAGCUGGUCAACCAGGGAGGAGGCUCCUUCCUGAUCCAGCCUCAAGGUCUCUUCCAUGGCCAGAA